GGCACAUGGAUCAUUCUGCCAUUGUGGACGCCAUUGGCAUUGAGACGCAACAUAAUGGGGAAUGCAGCCUGCAGCUAGGAGGCUGAUGAGGAGCUUGUCUUUCCAGGGGUGGGCACCUUUGUACCGCAUUUUUCGCUGAACAGCAGUAGUCAGCGAAGCCGGCAGUGGAGUCUAACUUGAAACACGGACGCCUUACGACCAGAGGUCUAGUAACCAUGGCAUCCAAGGCAUCAGAAUUCGUGACUCAAUUUGUGAGACUCAGCAAGAAUGGCCAGGCUAUGGUUAUGCUGCCGGACCUGAAGGAGGUGAUUAUGGGUAUGGGAGGUCCUGGUUUUGAGAUCUCCACCCAGGAGGAAACAGCAAUGCGGCUGAAGCCAAACAAGAUUUUCAAAAGGGUGUUGGCACUGAUGGGGAACAAGGAGGCUGUGGCAGCCUUGGUGUCUUUCAUCAUCCCAAAGGAAAGCACCCCUACUGAUGCAUACCACGUCAUGCUGGGGGUGCUUCUGAAGCUGAGCUCCAUCCCCUCAUUUGCGAAAGAGCUUGCCGACGUCCCCGCCGCGCCAGCUUUCCUCCUGUUCCAGCGCUUCCUCUACCCCAAACUCGAUACCGCCUCGCGUCGCCGCGCCGCCUGGGACCCCAGCUACAUGAACGCUGCCUCCCUAUACAACCAGCUCCUCAACAACUUGAUCCGGCACAGCCCACGUUUCGCAGCGGACGCCCUAGACUCCCGCCUAAUCCACGAGCUGCUGCCCGCUUUUCCUUUUGCCCCUCAAGCGUUCCUGACUUGGGCGGCCACUCCUGACGUGACAUCUGUCACGAACCUAGCCAUCUACCAGGCAUACACGCUCGUUUGCCUCCAAGACACCAACCCCCGGGGUCCCCAAGACAUCCGCCUGAAAGACCUAGCUCUUGUGGGCGACUGGCUAGACCGGUUCCUGGGCUUUCUUGACGCCUUCUGGGGCCGGUUGGUUGCGUGCGGGGAGGGUGGCCGGAUCGGGUCGGCAGCAGUCCACGUGCUGCGGUUUGUGGAUGUCGUGGAGGGGCCCGGGGAAGUUAACCGGGCGCUCUUUACGCCCACCCGGCGGGCGGCGUUCCUACAGGCGGUGGAGAGGGUAUGCGCCCUGGGGAAAGCCUAUGAGACGUUCGGGCGGCAGGUCGCGCAGACCGUGGAGCGAGCGGGGCUGCGGAUGGCGGGAAGUGCGGCCGCGUUGAACAGCGCGGAAAAGAUGGGAGUGGCUCGUGCUUCGUUAAUUAGAGCAGAGGCGCUUUUCAAGAAGUUGCGGACGGCCAAGAAGGAUGGGAACACGUGGCAGGGCCAGCUUCGAGAUCUGCACGACGAGGUGCGGAAGGGCGGGUUGAACGCGCAAGACACGUGCAGGUUAGCGGCGCAGGGAUGCAUCGCCCUGCUCGUCGACAUUCUCGAGGAAGAGGACUUGACGCGGGACCGGAAACCGGGAAUCAUCUCCGCCACGACUGAGGGCCCCGUCUGGCCGGUCCUCGAAAUUCUCGUGGCUCUCGCGGAGCCCUUUGACCGUGUGUACGCCGGCGCGAACGAGGCCUCCUGCCGGGAGCUUGCGGAAGCUGCGCCGCGGCUGCUGCGGUUCACUCAGGGGGGGGCGGUCGGCGCGCGCUGGUCGCUUCUGGACGUCCUUCUCGCGGCGAACACGCAAUACAUCCCGAGCAGCCCCGGCGCGUGGCGCGUCUGGUACCGCAUCUACGACGCCCUGCCGUACGUCCCCGAGCCGACGUCCGAGACACGUGGCCUCAUCUUGCUGCUCGCCGCGACGCCGUUCGAGCAGCGCGAGAAGCGGGAGACGUGGUCGGGGCUGACGCAGAAGCUGGUGCACGAGGGCCAGUCGGGGGAGGCCACGUGGGGGCCCGACGCGCGGGACAGGAAGCUCUGCCACGUGGCACUGAAAGUGUUGGACGAGGGGCACGCCGCGAUGGCGGACGUCAACAGCCCGGUCGUUUACGCGGCGUCUACGCUCCGCUUCUGCUGCCAGUUCCGCGAAGCGGCCUCGUUCGCACGUGCGAGGGGCGGGCCCCCGACGAAGACGAAGCGCGCCGGUGGGACGCGUUUGAGGGGGUGGCUACAAAGCUGUCGUUCUGCAUGGGGGCGGUUCGACGUGGCGCCCCUCGAGGGGAGGCUGCGGGACGCAAUCGCUCAGAAUGGGGGGGUGAGUUUCGCUGCGGAGGUGCUGAGGACGCGGGGGGGGGCGGGGCGGUACGUGCGGAGGAACAUUCCGGAGCACGAGGACCAGGCGGGGGCGCUGUUGUUGCUGGAGCAGCUGCCGGGGUUGGCGCUGCGGCUGUGGGAGGGGCUGGCGCAGAAGUACGGCCUUAAGAAGUGCAGCUUCCAGGAGUGCUCGCGGGAUGUGGUUGAGACGCGGAAAAGUCUGUUCAAGAGGUGUUCUGCAUGCAGCCGGGUGCAGUACUGCUCCAAAGAGUGCCAGGCAAGUCACUGGAAGAAGGAGCACAAAAGGACAUGCGGGAAGCAGGACGGAAUUUGAUGAGAGCCCUGGUUCGCCAAAGCGCAAGGAAACAGGCAACCCCAGCAAGAAGUGUAGCUCAUUUCGAGGCGUCUGAGCGCUAGUUUUUUGAGACGGGUUGCCUUGACAUAUGCGAACGGUAUAAAGCCAACAGCCAGAUGUUGCUAGGCCUUGUGCGUUUUAGCUGCAAGAGCUUUCAAGUCAGACGAUGAGUCGAACGGUUGAACCAAUCGAGAGCUUGAGUCGAAAAGUGGGUUGUCUUCUCCAUAUUGAUGUAAGCUAGCAAGUGCACGCUUAGUAAUCUAGAACCCUUAAAGAUCGCAGAUUUUGUGCAUAUACGGAGCGCCUCGCUCAAGGCAGGCUUGUUACGGGAAUGAGAAUUGAAUGAUGCUAGUAGUAUGAUUUUGUCACAGGCAAUGCAGCG